AUGUGCAGAAAGACCGGCGAAGAUAUGUUCAACCAUUUGAUGGAUUUGGCCAAAGAGUCACAUCUCAAGAGAUCCGAGAAACUGAAGCCCUUCUGGCUGUCCCUCUACACGCCCGCCAAAUGCCAGCCCACACACCAUCUGCAACAGUGGCGCACAGGGGGCGGGCGUUCCCACGACAGGCUGGUCCUCGAGUUCAGGGGCACGAAGUGGUCGUUCAUUACGCCAUCGCACGGCUCGCUCCGGGCGAUUGGGACAGUCCUGUGGGAGAUCAUGCAGGACCUGGAUGCCAGGUUUCUCGACGAACAUAUCAUCACCAAACGGGAGGAACUGGAUGACGAUCUAUUUAAGUAUCAAAUCAGUUACAAUACGGAUGAUCCUAAAAAUAUACGCCUAGUGUCGGGUGCGUUGGCCAUCACUGCCAUCCAUGAGCGGCACCAGAACCGCAACUUCACGUCCGCCACGAUUGUGAGCAAUAAGUUCUUCAGUUAUGGCAAAAUCGACACCAGAAUCGCUAUACCCGGAGGACAGGCCCUAAAGUCGGCCAUAUUUUUGUUACCAUAUGAUGAUAUUCUACUGGACACCCCUAACAUAGAGUGCAUUUCGACCGUUAAUUUUGAGAAUCUAAUAUACUCGAGAGUAUUUGACCAUGGUAACUACUCAACAAUGGAGUAUUUACCCAGGGCUAAACUCGACAAGUUCAACACAUUCACAAUAGACUAUCAGCGCAUUGGUCUUAUUGUGGACGAGACUCUGAGUGGGGGUCACCGGGAGACCAUAGACAUGAAGGCUAGGCAGUGG